AUGUUUAUUGGUCAAACGGUCGGCGAAAAAGUGAGGGAUCGAGAUGACAUAACACGUGUGGUCCGACAACCUGUAUUCGGCUCACAGGACAGUCGCCGUGCCAGGUCUCGCCGCUUCUCAAUUGGCCCUGAACAAGAACGGAGUCUUCCUGAACCGCGCAGGAGGAAAGCAGGCUUCGCCGUACGAUCUGCCGUCCAGCAUCCGUUAAGUUGCAACUCUCCCUCCAGUGCUUCCACCACGUCUCUCGCACAGCUUCGAGAGAAGUUGACCGUGUUACCUCCAUUAAAGUUCACCAAAGUAACCGCAAAAAUCGCCACCACCCCCGAGCUACCUGCGCUCGAGGAAGAAGAAUACGAACGUUUAAGCAACCGCGCACCAAAGCCAAUUUGCGGGGUGUCGCAUAGAAAGCAGUAUCAUAGCGACAGCGAGGCUCAAAAUUUUAUUAAAAAUACCACAUAUCUUCUGCCUAUUGUCGAAGAAAAUUCACAUAGCCUAGUCGUGACCGCGGCUCUAGAUACUACUGUCAGUAGUGACCAAUCAGCCAUCAUUAAGACAUUUGAACAACUACACAAUAAAGUCCCCCAAGCUGAUCUGGUUAAUUUGUUGGUAGAAGAGGCGCUUAACUACGGGCAAGACAAAGAUAGUGGUAUAAUAUCGGUUAAAAUCACACAAGAUAGCGACAUCGUUGAAAAUACACCAUUUUCAGAAACAGUACAUCGCAAAAAGUUGGGCUUAAAACGCAAAACUAAAGAUAUUAAAGAGAUCCGGUAUACCACCGACGACUCUGACGUCGUCGAUGAUACCCCUUGUUCUGACUAUGAUUGGAGGAAAAAAUGCCGAACUAAAAGUGACAAAACAAAUAAGAAUAAUAAUGAUGAAAAUGAGACUUUAAAUGAGGAAGCAGUUGACGCAUACUUUUGCCAGGAAACGAACAAAAAUUACGUUGACCUAAUAAGUUCUGCUACAAUAAAGAAAAUUAGUGAAAGUCUUUCUCAAGAUGAAGACAGCGAAAUUUUUUGCGAAAUGAUGGAUGGCAUAGAAAUAGUCGAGGAAGAAGAAAAUGCGCGCAAUUUAGCUUUUGAAGCAGAUAUUGUCGAUUGUGUCAAUAACGUAUUAGAUAAGGUCUGUAAUGACCUUGAUAAAUGUGUUGAUCUACUAGCAGAACAGCAGGAACAAAUCGAUAUUUUAAGAGCUGUAAAAAAUAUUGAUGAUAAGUCAAAUAAUACGUCUAAAAGACUGAAAAUGAAUAAAGACAUAUUAAAAUCGCCCAAAGAAACAAACGAACUCGAUACUAACGGUGUUCAAAAAGUCACCCUGAAAUUUAAGCCUAAAAAACAAGCUACAAAAAAGAAUACUUCUCGGCAAAAAAAAGCUAAAUGUGUCCAGCCUCCAAAUGAUAUCCAAGAAGAUGGAGACUCAAAACAAAAUACGAAAUCGCCAACUAAUGCCAUAGAACAAUCAAUUCGACAAAAGCGCAAGCUUUAUUCACCCAAGGACGACGAUAAUGAAAUCAAUGAAAUCCAUAGAUACAAAAAAGAACGUAGACCAUCAAGUUCAACUCAAUCUCCAAUUGCAGCAUGUUACAAAGAAUUGGAGAACGCUCGCAAAUCCCGCAUAAGACUUCCUAGGAAGAAAAAGAGUACACAACCUGUAAUUUCGCCUAAUACCAAGAAGUUGAAUGAUAUAUUCGAUAAAAUUAAAGAUAAUGUUGUCAAUAACGAGAAAAUAACGCUCGUUGAUAAGAAAAGUGACAAAGAUCUGAGUCUGUAUAAUUUGUCGAGUGAAAGCGACGAUGAAGUUUUUAAAAAGAAAAAGAUCCAAGUCCAAAAACGUAUAUGUCCGUCCAGUCUAGAGUCCGUAACUAAACGCAGGCAAUCGGUGAAGUCUGUAAAUUAUACUUCGUUCUAUUCAUCGGAAGAUGAAUGCCAGAGGGUAGUAAAGCCCAAAGCUGUUAAACAAACGAAAACUAGAAGCCGUAAAGUUAAAAGAACACAGAGUACUAACUUGAUCGAUGAAAGAAUGAGAACUGAUCAACCUGAAGUUUUAGAAUCCUCCUUCGUCCAAGAUAAGGGCGAUAUGAAUGUACCUGAUGAACCUCAACCUGCGGUAAAUGUAUCAGUUUUAGAAACCAUACCUGCUGAUGAUUUACAUGAUGAGCCCGUAGUGUCGGGAAGUAAACAUCAAACACUUAAUAACCAGGAAAUCAUUAAAAUUAAGACUGAAAAGAGCUUGAAAAAGAAAUGCGAAAGACUCACUAAGCCAACUAUAACAAAGAGGAGCAAGGAAAUAAUUACAAAUGUACCAACGGAAAGGGAAAGUACAACAGUAAGUCCGCUGCCUGGACUCGUUGUAGAAACGGAACCAAGUAAAGAUGAUUUGUGCUCUUCCCUAGACGCUAAUUUGCUUCAGAAACUCCAAAAUAUAUACACAGGGGCAGAAGAUUUAAGUACGACCCGUGAUACUCAAAACUUGUUGCUAAACGAUAAUAACAAUGAUGGAAUAAAAGUUGAUUUACUAAGUAAAACCUGUUAUAAUAAAAAUUUGACAAUAAACCUGGACAACUCUAAUGACAACGCAGUAGCUCCUGACAAUUUACAGGCUGGGGAUAAAUCUGAUGUAAAUUCGGAGAAAUCAAUAGAAACAGGCGGUCGGUCUCCCAUUACUGCCCAUAACAACCUUGAUGAAUCUCCACCAAGUUUGGACGCACUGAACGAGAGUUUUCAACACAGAGAUGUAGAUGUCGAAGGCAGGAGCAGAUCCAUAACGGAAUUCCUGGCUAAUAUGAGGAAUCAAAUAACAAAUAGUAAAUCUGUAAAAAGCACUUCCCCUAUCAUACCUAUUACUAGAAUGUCCACAAGUUCGCGGUCGAAAUUAUGUGCGAAAAAAAAAUCAGAAUUAAAUGGGAAGCCAAAAAAGUCUGAUAAAAGUAACCCAAGAGUUAUGUUAAAAAGAAUGCCGUCUGAAGAUAUUGAAUCUCACGUGAAUCCCGUUACGCCAAAAUCGAAAGCUUCAAAUGUAGUUUUGACUAGAAUGUCUUCUGAAAAAUUCGUAACUCCCACUCGGACAAAAACAUCAAGCUCUACUGUAACACCUGUAGUCGUUCUAAAUAGGGUUUCUUCUGAUGAAAUUAAUAAAUGGCUUCCUAUGCCAGAAACGAAGGAUGUUCUUGAAAAAGAACCUGAGAUAAUACCUAUAAAAACUCUUACGAGACGAAAAAGUGUAUCAAAACCUUGUAUUUCAUGCGAAAACUUUAAACAAAAAAUUUCCCCAGUGAAAUUAAAUUUUGAUAUCGUAGAUCUUAAAAACGCAACUAGAGAUAUUAGAACCAGCAGAACACUCAGAAGCAGAUCUCAAUCAUCCGUCAAAACAAAUGAAUCUCGUUCAAAAUUAGAAAAAGUAAGAACAGAAAUUUUCGAGUCUUCAAAGGAAGUAAAUGACCAAGAUACAAGCCGUGAAGAAACUGUUGUGAAAUCAGCUGAGACAAAAAAUAUAUGUAAUAAGGAGAAGACUGUUAGGUCUACUGUGGAUCCGUCAGAAAUGAGUAAAAGUGUAGCUACCGUACAGAGCUGGAUAAGGAAGAAUGCCGAGGCCAGGUCAUCAAAGACAGAUCACAUGGCGUCAAAUACAGAAAUGCUGUACCAACAGAUGAUGGAGACACUAAACACUCGCUUGAUCGAAAUCAAUGAAGCUACUGGUGAAGCGAUCCAAGCGGUCUUCUUAGAGGACCAAGAAUCGCUGGCAAAUAUGGCAGGACAGGUCAGACAUAUGGAAGAAGCUCUUCAGAAAACGGUCAACAGCGUUAAAAGCCUUAAAAUGAGAAUAAUCACACAUCAGAAGAACAAUAUGGAACGUGCUUGCGAUCUCAUUCGCGCGGACGGCGAGAAAAAGGCACGUAUGGUGCAACUUCUUAAGGAGGAUAUCGUGCGGAUUUUAAGACAAUAAAGAAAAUAUGGAAAAGCCUUAAAAUAAGUAGGCCAGUACCUAACCUAUACCUUGAUUCGUCAUUAUACUCUGUAUCUUUUAAAUAAAAGUACACAAAAUCUACCCUCAAAUGGCUCCUUAAGCCAGUUAAGAGUACAUGAAAACAUUACUUGAUCAAAUAGGUUAAAGUCAGGUCGUUCGAUGACAGAUCCAGGCGGUUUUGUAUUUGGUUGGUUAACCAAUAAAUAUUAAAACUAUCCGAAAAUGUACAAAUUGUUUGUUUACUUUUGUUUGUUUACUAUGUUAAAUUGUAAUGAAAUAAGUUAAUGUUAAAUUGUAAUGAAAUAAGUUAAUGCGGGCAUUUAUUUGUGUUAUAGCUAAUUUUUUAUUAGCUUGUAAAAGAAAGAUUGGAUUUUUUAUGUAUUAUCAAAAGGUUGCUAAAUUUCUUGCAAUUUAUUUAUAAUUGGGUAUACUUAGAAGCUUAGUCACGGAUGUACAGUAAGUUUAAGGAGUCUCUUACAAAUAUCACGGAGAAAGACGGUUGAUCAUAGCCACCUAAGACCCAGAUUUUUUGAUUUGUUGAACCUUUUGUUGAUCAAUGAUAGUUUAGGAUUGAUGAAUAUGAACAAAAAAUGUACAGCGGCCUCAGGAGAAUAAGCGAGUACAGAGAAAGAGGCUUUCUUAAUCGAGAGUAAUACUGCAAUGUUCUGCCGCUAGAGGCAGCACUAGCACAAACCGGAAACCAUACAUAGAGUAACUUUUAGUAUAUACUAUGCCUUAAACUGUUUUUUUACAAGUUUUCACUUAUUGUUUGUUACGUAUAUGACAGUGAUGCAUCAAGUUUGUUUACAGUUUGUGCUAGUGGCGCCCUCUACGCAGAGUUUUGCGUAAUAUUCCCUAUUCGAAUACUAGGGUCUUUCAUCUUAUCUGUCAUUGGGUCAUCCACCUGGAGUGCCAUCUAUGUUAAACUUUAAUGUCUAGCAUCUAAAAAAAAGGAUUAGUUCCCGAUUCGCCGGAUUCUUGUUUCGUCGGAUUCUUGUUGCGCUGGAUUCUUAACUGUUUUGCCGGAAUUUUUCAGUUACAGAAAAUCAAACAAAACUAUGGAAAUAUUGUGGUUUUACCUGUAUCUAUUAAAUAAAAUUACGCUGUUUCCUUGAAAAUAUGAAUCGAACCGAUUUCUAGGUAAUUGUAGUUAUGUCCUAUUGUGCAACAACAAUAAAAUAAUAAUUCAUACAAUAAUAAAAUAUAACCACACGCUUUCUUUACCUAACUCAUUUUAUUACAUACUAAUAUUUCCGACGAAACAAGAAUUCGACGAAACGAGAAUCCGGCGAAGCAAGAAUCCGGCGAAUCGGGACUAAUAAAAAAAAAACGUUAAGCACGUAGAUUUAUUAUUUAUGUUAUAUACGCUGAUACUGUUCAUAGUUAAGUAUUACUUUAUUCGUUUAUUAUUAAAGACUGUUGCCGUUGAA